AUCCCCUAUCUAAACUAACAUAACAACAACACUCAAGCUCUAAUUAACUUAGUACACUCAUCAAACAAAAAACAUGUAUGCUUCUACUUCCAUUACUUCACCACUCUUCAAUGAGCUUCUUGUGGAAUCUCACAUAAGAAGGUUACUCUUCCAAGACCCAGUUGAUCAUCAAUCACUUAAAAUCAACUCCCCUGUUUCCACAAACAACCAUAGUUCAACAGACUCGUAUUUCGGAGCUCGUGAAUUUGAUUCAAAAGUUGUGAUGAUACUUGCAGUCAUUUUAUGUGCUUUUAUUUGCUCGCUUGCAUUAAACUCGAUCAUAAGGUGUGCCUUAAGGUUUACAAACGUAGCCAUCAGCAACGGCUCUUCUUCGAGCAGCAACCCUUUACCUCAAUUGGUCAACAAAGGAAUCAAGAAGAAAGCUCUCAAGAGAUUUCCAACAUUGAGCUAUUCAAGUGAGUUGAAACUACCAAACUUGGAUACAGAAUGUAUGAUAUGUCUCUCAGAGUUCACAAAGGAUGAAAAACUGCGCGUUUUGCCUAAAUGCGACCAUGGUUUUCAUGUUACUUGCAUUGACAAAUGGCUAAAGGAACACUCGUCAUGUCCUAAGUGUAGACAAUGUCUUCGUGAAACUUGUCGAAAGACUGGUGGGUCGCAGGUGCAACCAAUUUCGUUGCCAGUGCCAGAAACCAUUAUAAGGAUCCAACCACUAGAGCAUGAAGAUUUAGAACGUAACUAUAGGGAAAUAUAAUCUAAUUAAUUACUCUCACUUAAUGCCUUGAAACAAAUGUGGUGGUUAUUGGUGAAUUAGAAUAUGAAACUUUCUUUUGCUUUACUUUGAGUUCAAAUGUAAAUAUAUACUAAUUAAAAUUUUGAGUGCA